UUACUCCUUUUCCUCUCACAAAACCCCAGAAGCUCUUCGCCGGUCCGCCUUUUUGCCAGUUGGUCUUCUGCAACUGUCUUGCUCCUGAAAGCACUUUCACUCGUUACCCUAAUUUCGUUAAACCUUACUCUCUUCCAUUCUCUAUAUAUACAUUCAUUCUUGAACUGUAUUUAUCGAGUACGUCCAAUUAUCCAAACCAUAGACCUUCACUCUCCCUUGAUCAGUCGUACCACGACUAGGUAAUCCUUCUUUACACUCUGAUUUCACCUUUGAUCACGCCUAGCUGGCUCUUGAAGUUAUCUAGAAGCGGAUUCAUUGUUGUUGAAGUUUGUGAUAGGAACUGGUGAGAUCGGCUUUCUGCGAUUAUGGUAAUGGUGGGGAAUGAGAGUGGGGAUGAUCACAAGGAGGUGAGUGGUGGGACUAAGCCCCCGUGGAAGACGCCUGACGCCAAGGUUACUGAUGCUCCCGUUAUGGGGGCAGAGUCUUGGCCCGCACUUUCUGACGCCCAACAAGCCCGGCCCAAGAACCCGGAUUCUACUGCGGAGAUACCAGCCGACGGCCCUGCUACUGCUCCAUCCCCAGCUCCAGUUCCAGCUCCCCAGCAGGGAUCAGUUGGACAGCAGAAGUCAUAUGGCUCUCGAAACCCUAAUUCUUCUCAUAAGUAUUCUUCAUCUAGACAUCAGAAAUUAGGUUCUCAGCGUAACACAAAUGGUGGGCCUCCUUUACCUGUACCCUUACCUUACCAUAAGCCAAUGAUGGCACCUGUUUUCCAUCAUAUGGCACCUCCACCACACAUUCCUGUUUCUGGUUAUGGUUACCAGCCUUCCCCUGGGCCAUAUCCAGGUGUGUCAAAAACGCCUUCGGUAAAGUCUGGAAGUGAAGCUGCUCCCCCAAUGCAAGUUUUUGCUCCACCAGUUAAUGUUCAGCCUACAUCACGUGGUGAUCCCAAUGAUUAUGUUGUGAAUUUUUCAAACAGAAGACCUAAUAUGCCAGAAUCGGUUGGUCCUAUGAAUCAUGCCUUGCAUCCUCAAAGAGCUUUUAAUCCGAGAGACAGCAUGGUGCAGGGUAUGGGACCAAGGGCUUUCAUGGGACCUGUUUUCUAUGGUCCUGGUCCUGGUUUUAUGGUUGGUCCUGGAUUCCCUGGGCCACCUGUGUAUUAUCUUCCAGUUUCUCCUUCAGGCUCUGCUAGGGGAUCUCAUCGUCCACAUGUUGUUCCAUAUCCUAUGGAUCCUGGAGCUCCCAUGCUUUCCCAAGAGACACUGGCUUUGAGGGCUAACAUAGUAAAACAAAUCGAGUACUAUUUCAGUGAUAGAAAUCUGCCCAAUGACCAUUAUUUAAUAUCUUUGAUGGAUGACGAAGGGUGGGUUCCAAUUUCUUCCCUAGCUGAAUUUAACAGGGUUAAGAGGAUGACUACCAACAUUUCACUUAUUCUUGAUGCUCUGAAGAAUUCUAGUGUGGUAGAAAUGCAGGGUGAUAAAGUACGGAAACGUGACGACUGGUCAAAGUUAACUCGAACAUCUGUUCCUGCAUUACUGUUGAAAGAUCAAACUUCUCAGGAUCAACAUGGAGAGCAUGUUACUUACUCUUCUGGGGAUACUGAUGCCAAUCCAGAUAAUGAUAGGGACACCCCUGCGGAGAAUGUUGACAUCACGUCUGGAAAUGGUUGUCUGCUGGGGCACAGAUCCACAAAUAAGGAUACCUUGGUGGCUGCGGAUAAGGGACUGGACAGCGGGUGUGCUUCAGCUGAUGGUGCAAAACAAUCAUUCAUGGCAGGAAAUGGGGGUUCAGAAGGCAUGGCUGUCUCAUCAGAGCCGGUGGCACAGAGCAUUUCUGACCUUUCUAGUGAUUUUGCAAACACUUUUAUGCUUGAUGAAGAGCUUGAGCUUGAGCAGAGAAGUCUGAAUAAUAAUGGCUGCUGUCCUGUUAGAAGGAUUGAUGAUGCAGAGGAUGAGAUAGCCAAUGAUCAAUAUGUUCAGAGACUUGUGAUUGUCACUCAGAAUACGGGAGCGGGUGGAAGAUCUAAACUUUUUGGCAAAGAAUUAAAUUCCAUUUCAAAUGACCAUGCUUCUGAAAUUAAUGAUGGUCUUUACUUCUAUGAGCAGGAGCUUAAAUCUAAGCGAUCUAACCGUAGCAGAAAGAACAACUUUACUCAUGAGAACAGAGAUGGAAACUCGAGAUCUUUCAGUAUUGCUGCUUCAGACACAUCAAAUUUUAAGGCUAGUGCCAACGCUGUUGGAAGCAGUGGCUGUGAUGAAUCUGGAAGUGCAAAUACACGAAGAAAGCAUAAUAAAGGUUUUAACAAGCAGCAGUCAUCCCAUAAGCAGCGGUUCUUCUCCAGCAACUUUAGGAAUCAUGGUGCUGGCUGUAAUUCUCUUGGAGUCAUAUCGGAAAGUCCGCCGAGUAAUUCAAUUGGAUUUUUCUUUGGUUCUACUCCUCCCGAAAAUCAUGGGCCUAGGAUCUCCAAGUUGAGUGUUUCACCACGUGGGAAUCUUUCUGGAAGUAGUCCACCCGUGGGCUCUGUGCCAAAGUCCUUGCCGCCUUUUCAGCAUCCAAGCCACCAGCUACUUGAAGAGAAUGGUUUUAAACAGCAGAAGUACCUGAAGUUUCAUAAGCGAUGCUUAAGUGACAGAAAGAAGAUGGGCAUUGGUUGCAGUGAGGAAAUGAACACGCUCUAUAGGUUUUGGUCAUAUUUUCUUAGAGACAUGUUUGUCCCUUCAAUGUAUAAUGAGUUCCGAAAAUAUGCUUUGGAAGAUGGUGCUGCUAACUAUAAUUAUGGGAUAGAGUGCCUCUUCAGAUUCUAUAGUUAUGGAUUGGAGAAGGAGUUCAGAGAUGACAUCUACAAGGACUUUGAACAGCUCACCCUUGACUUCUACCAUAAAGGCAAUAUCUAUGGUCUUGAAAAAUACUGGGCAUUCCACCAUUAUCGUGUUGAAUGUGACCACGAUAGACCAUUGGAAAAACAUCCAGAAUUGGAAGGCCUACUCAGAGGAAAAUACUGUAGCUUGGACGACUUCCGCCCCAAAGGGAAGACUACAUCUAUCUAAGAAGACAGGCAGUGGCAAGAUGAUAUUGUUUCCUAGUGGAGACAUCCCAAUUUUGAAUCUGUACUGAUGAGGGAAUUGAGAAUUACCCGUCUUUAUUCGCGUUGGACGCGAAGAGAAAGGCCGGGUUUUGUACAUUGCUUUGUAAAAAAUUUUGGUGGGGGUUAGGUUAUCUUUUGCAACCUCCUUGAGGUCUGUUUGAGUGCUGAGGGCCAUGCUUUCGCCUUUUGCAUUUGGCCUUUUCACAAGAACUUCCGCCGGCUCCUGGAUACAUUCUCUUUGAACCUGUCAGCAAGCUAGGGGGUAAAAGUGCUUCCUUCAUCCCU